CAUUGUGGUGGUGUACAGAGCCAAAAAUGAAAAUUGUGUCAGUGUCCAAAUAUUUCUGGACCUAACUGUAUGUGAAUUCAGACCUCUAAUGAGAAAACUGUCACGUCUGGGGCAAUACAACACUUUACGUUCCUUCUUCCGGUACUUCUCAAAACCUAAGUGCCCUACCAGAAUUUCCUUCUUUAGACUUGUGGGAAUUACUUUAAUCCUUCAUUGUGUUGCUUCAUUUUCAGCCAUACAAUCAUUAAUAUUUCCUAGACUUUUUUUUAUUUUUAGGGUCCAAUCAGCGAAGCUGUGGGAACCCUAGUGUAAUUGUUAGUUUUCUUUAUUACUAUUAGAGGUCCAAGCAUUGAAGCUGUGGGAACCCUAUUAUAAUGGUUAGGUUUUUUAUUAUUAGGGGUCAAAGCAGCACAGCUGCGAGAACCCUAUUGUUAUUGUUAGUUUUUUUAUUAUUAUUAUUAUAAUUAUUAUUUUUCCAACUUCUACUGGCUAACUUUUUUAAAACUUGAAAAACCGUGAGUUUGUAUCUCAGCCUCCGUUUGUCCAACUGGCACCAAACUUGCGAUGCAUGUUUGGAAGGAGAACCAGAGGAGGCCUGCCGUGUUUGGCAAUAAUCGGCCAUAUGGGAAUAAUUUGGCAAUAAUCUGCCAAAGUUUUAAGGCUCAUUACUCCUAAACGCAAACAGAUAUUUCAUCCAACCUUGGUGAGUUGCAUGAGUGCAAUAGGUUCUUGAACUGAAACAAAUAGGGAGCCAGCAUUCCAAACCAUGUGAGCGCCACAGGCCAAUCAAAUUCAACCUAUCAAUAAUAGCUUUUAGAAAUGCUUGACUGCAAUGAAACUAGAUAAAUAGAAAGUGUUAUAGGCCCCCAACAACCAGUAAAGGUUUGGGCAAGAUCAGCUAAUGGGGGGCGCUACAGUGUGUCGUCAAACCUGAGCUUUUUAAAUAACAAUAUCAUUGUGCUCCUUGGAGCUGAAAUCAUCAAACAUUUCUCGCAAUGUGAAUGGCACUAUGCUAAACAAAACUGCCUCUUGGAAUAUCGAGCUCCAAUAUCUUGUAUUUCAGCCAUAUUCAACUUCCUGUUAAAGCCCAAAAAAUGUCACAGGUCGAAAAUCUUGUCCAAUCUUCCCGAAACUUGGCAGCGAUAAUCUUCAGGCAAAGCCUAAUGAAAGACACUAGGUGGAUUUUUGAUUUGCAAAAUUGUUUGCCCAUUGCAGCCAAUCAAAUAUGGCAGCGAACCCGCCUAUCAGGAAGUGAGUGAGUUUCACAGCAACCGUUUGUCCGAUUGUCACCAAACUUGAUAUCCUUGGUCGGAAUGAGGUGCCGUGGAGGUCCACGUACGUUACCUGGCAACAACUUCCUGUGUCUGAGAAUUUCACAGGAAGUGAGGGUGUUUCUCAGCAACCGUUUGUCUGAUUGUCACCAAACUUGGUGUCUGUGGUCGGAACGAGAUCCGAAAGUGGCCCGUGUGUUGUGGCACUGAUCGGACAUGUGGGGGCACUAUUUUGGAAAAUCUGUUUAAACGCUCAUUACUGCCUAACGCAAAAAUGAAUUACUGGGCCUACUCUUGGGCUUGCGGGGCAAAUCCUUGUCUUGCGCUCUGUUUGCUUGGACCCCUAAUUGCUGCUUGCAGCUAUAUUUCUGUCUCUGUUCUUGUUCAUCUUGACAAUAUUGACUGGCAUUGCUGUUGUAAUUCUGUCCAAGUAGUGCCUUUUGAUCAUCGGCUCAGUCUGCUUUUACAUAAUUUAUGCCUCAUAUUCUUCAUCAGCAUGAACCAUACAGUAAUGUAAUUGGUUGAAGUGUUGAUGUGACCGGGAGUGAUUUGUUGAUGUGACCGGGAGUGAUUUGUUUAUGUGACCGGGAGUGAUUUGUUUAUGUGACCGGGAGUGAUUUGUUUAUGUGACCGGGAGUGAUUUGUUUAUGUGACCGGGAGUGAUUUGUUUAUGUGACCGGGAGUGAUUUGUUUAUGUGACCGGGAGAGGUGCAGGAGCCGGGAGAGGUGCAGGAGCCGGGAGAGGUGCAGGAGCCGGGAGAGGUGCAGGAGCCGGCGGAGCGGCCGGGACAGGCCGGGGCGGCGGAAGGCCACAGGACUGGAUCAGGGUUGGCGGAAGGCUGCGAGACUGGAACAGGGGUAACCCACUGGGGUAACCAGCGUUCUAAGGGGUGAUGGCCAUUAGAGGUACCACAGGAGAAACCCUGGUUCUGUAGUUGAUCCUGGAGGAAGUGGAGGCAGGAUGUGGCUCCUCAUCUGGACUCUACUUCUGACAGAGAGAUUGUGUGAGGGUGGAAAGCCUCCAGUGCCAGACAGAUACAACAUCACCAUCUAUCCAGCUGAGAUAACAGUACAGACUGGUCUAUGUGCUGUUAUUUCAUGCACCUUCACACACCCAGAUAAAUUCCAGCCUAAAGAUGCAUUAUGGUUUAAAUGUCAAGAUGAAGGAUGUACCAACAAAAAAGAAGCAAUUUUCUCUUCUGAACAGCCCUCUAACGUUAAGGAAGAUUACCGUCAGAGAGUGUCUCUACUGGAGAGAGACUUGUCAAAGAAGAACUGCAGUAUGAUCAUCAACAGCAUCAAUGAAAAUGACCAAGGAAAAUAUCAAUUUAGAAUAAAAUUUAAAGCUAGUGGAUAUACAUACAAAGACAAAGUUAAUAUCACAGUGACAGAUCUGACUCAGAAACCCUCAGUGUUGAUUCCUGCUCUGACUGAGGGAGAAACAAUCUCUAUGACCUGCAUCGCCCCAGGAUUCUGCUCUGGAAGACCACCCAGCAUCACAUGGAGAUGGAGAAGACCAGGAGACAACACGACUGAGUUCCCAGACAACACCACCAUACAGAAAAUAGAGAACUUGACCAGUGUCAACACAACCCACCUCUCAACUUUGACCUUUACCCCCUCUGCUGAGCACAAUGGUAUCAAUGUCACAUGUCAGGUGACCUUCAAUGAGAAGAUCAAAACUGAAGAAACAGUGACUUUGAAUGUGACUUUCCGUCCUCCUGUUCUCAGUGGUUCUGGGUGUGUGGUCCAGGCAGGGGUCAUGACCUGUGUGUGUAUCUGUCAGGGGGUUCCUGUGCCCCUCAUCAAGUGGCCUGUGCUGAAUAACGUCACAGAGUACAACCUCACUACAUCAGUAUCUGGGUCUUCAGUGACCAGCACCAUCAGCCUGCCUGUCAGAAACCAAACUAACAACUCUGUGGUUUGUGUCUGCAAACAUGGUGGUGACAACAGCAAAGGGACGAGAGCAAAUUUGAAUAUCACCCAGGAAGGGACCAACAAAAAUCAAACAGUAUCUAUAGUAAAAUGUGAGAAUGCAGUAAUUCCCUGGACCGUAGCUGGUGUGUUUCUCAGUGUGACCGUGGUCCUCCUCAUCUACCUGUUAACUGAUGCCUACAGAAAGGUACAAGGUAAGAACAGGAAACCAAAAGAAGAGGAGAGUACCUACAUCUCAUUGGAAACAAAGGACAUGUCUCAAGAUGAUUAUCAAGUUAUUUCCAAGCGUCCAAUUUGACUGAGCCUGUGAUCUUCACUCCAAUCUUAAACCUGUGCUGAGACAUUUUUUGUAUAAAUAAUUGGAAAAGGUACAUAAAUAGCACUUAAGUUCUGCUGUUUAUCUUUGGAUAAACAAUGUAAAUCAGCCUGAAAACAUUUGAUAUACUUUUUGUAUUUAACUAUGCUCACAGUUACCAACUUGGAACAGUUCAAUCAAUCAAUCAAAUGUAUUUAUAAAGCCCUUUUUACAACAGUAGUUGUCACAAAUUGCUUUACAUAGACA